AUGAAAGAAUGUUUCAAGGUUUCGGAUAAAUCAAUGGAGGCUGUUAAUUGUCUAUUGCUGAAUAGAUCAGGAAGAAUAGAAGAUACCAUAUCAAAAAGUGGAUUGGACAGUUUUGUUGGAGCAAAAGAACGGAUGUUAAUGUUAUGUUUGGUUAAUGGACUGAAGAAUAGGGAGCGUAAGGGAGCAGUCAUGCAGCAACAGCAAAGCACAAUCAAGACAACGUUUGAAGAAACAUGUAGAGUAGCUGAUGGUAGUGAACUUAUUCAAAAUUCAGUAAAAGAAAACGGAGUACUCAAGAUGGAUACAAAGAAGGGCUACUGUUAA